GUUGCUGGAGGUGGACUGGUUGAAUGACCUGUGGCGACCUGAUAGCUUUUUCAAGAACGCCAAGCAAGUGACCUUCCAGACGAUGACCAUUCCCAACCACUACGUCUGGCUUCACAAGGAUUCUACCAUCCUGUACAUGGUCAAGUUGACGCUGACAUUGUCCUGCGCCAUGAACUACGCCAUCUACCCUCACGACACCCAGGAGUGCAAGUUGCAGAUGGAGAGCCUAUCCCACACGACAGAAGACCUGGUCUUCGACUGGGAUGCAGAUGUUCCCCUUGAAGUGGACGACAACAUUGAGUUACCCCAGUUUGACCUGGUGAAGAACCACACGGCCGACUGCACCCAGGUCUACAUCACAGGUAACUUCACGUGUCUGGAGGUGGUGUUCCAGCUGCGGCGUCGGCUGGGCUAUUACCUCUUCCACACCUACAUGCCCACCUGCCUUAUUGUCAUCAUGUCGUGGGUGUCGUUCUGGAUCAAACCCGAGGCGGCCCCGGCUCGGGUGACCUUGGGGGUGACCUCUCUCCUCACACUCUCCACUCAGCAUGCCAAGUCGCAGGCCUCCCUGCCCCCCGUCUCCUACAUCAAGAUCAUCGACAUGUUUAUGUCCACCUGUACGGUGUUUGUGUUCCUGGCGCUGAUGGAGUACGCCCUGGUCAACGUUGUGCUGGGCGACGGACCUGACACUCCGCCCAAGAACCCCAAACCUACAGAGAAGGAAGCCAAGUCUCUUCAUCAUCAUUUCUCCAGUGAUAAGCAGGACGGUGGUCGGCUUGGUUUCGGAAGUGUCUCCCAUCACCCUCUGUACUCCCAAACCCACUACGACCACCACAGUGACUUGGCCGCCCACCACAGCAACCCCUAUCUCCACAGCAACCCUACCCACGGUACCAUCACCUUGGCCCAUGGUACGCCCAUACGGGGCCCUCUCACCCACGGAGCAGCACUGCACAGCCCCUACGCCCAUGGGCCACAAAUGCAUCGCCCGCACUACAUCCACGAAACCCCAGCCCACCACUACCAUAGCGGCUUAGCCCACGCUACGCCUAUGCAUGGCCCUCUGGCCCAUCCCAUACACAACACUCUAGCCCACGGCACACCCAUGCAUGCCACCUUAUCCCACGGUCCGCCCAUGCAUGGCGCCCUGGCCCACGGGACGCCCAUCCAUAGCGUCAGGGGGCACGGCAACCAGACAUACGAUAACGUCAUGUGUCCUCCGUUGCCCAGCGUGCCCCCGCCUCCACCUCCUCCUACGAGGCUGCCGGGCCCAACGCCGGCCCAGAAGAGGAGAGCAAGAGCCAUCCUCGUCGACCGCUUCUCCAGGGUGUUCUUCCCGUCCACCUUUGGCCUUAUUAAUGGAGUGUACUGGCUUAUAUUCUGGCUUUAUUUAUAAGCACCAGCAUCACCUUCCCGGCUUUUGAAUUACGAUUAUACUGAUUUUUCUUAGAUCUAAAGUGGAUUAAAUUGUGUAGCUCAGAAGUGCAGCGAUGGUUUAUUUUGACCAUUUCUACUGGAGGAUCUAUGUGUGUGUCGGGUUUAAUUCCCUGUUUGGGUUAAAUCUGUUAAAUCCCUUUGUAGAUUCAAUGUAAAACUAUUACACUCUGUCAUGUUCUAUACAUAUCCCUGGGAUUUAUAAAUCAGUUUCCAGCUCAGUUCAUAAAACAAAUUUUUCCCUUGUACCACCGACCAAUCGUUUUCUAUAAGUACCUACAAAACUUGAACCUCUCCCCCUUGCAUCCCGUGAAGCCGAGGAGUGGAUCGCUUGCUAGCGGCAUCCUAAACAGGUUUGAAUGAGUCUCAUUUGUUAGUUCAUCUCACGAGAGAUUUGGUUGUGACUUAUAUUUCCUUGUAAUUCAACUUUGAUAUGCUGAAGCAGUAUGUUUCUGCUUGUAUGUAUAUACAACUAGGGGUUUGGCAUACAAUUUUCUGACUGUACUGCUGUAUGUAAGUCGGGAUAUAUUGUAGUGUGUAUAUUUGUAAAUCAGAAUACAGUGUACUGUUUAUAUUUGUAAAUCAGGGAGUAUUGCAUUUACUGUUAAUGUUUGUAGAUCAGGUUAACUGGUUAGUUAUUCAAGUUAUUCAUCAGGUAUAUCUGUAAGUAGCUGUAAAGUUAUUUACUUGGUAGAUUUGUAAAUAAGGGCCAGGAGUCAUCAAACAUUUACAAAUCUAGUUACGAAACCUGUACAUGUUUUUACAAUGAUGGCAACUUUAUUUACAUUUAUUACACAGAUUAUGAACUUCGAAGCACAACGAGGUUGUUUAUAACAAUAAUAACCUUGGGUUGUGAUGUUUCCGAGUUCAUAAAAUGUUGAAUUAAACAAUGCUGCCAUGAUUGACAAAAGAUGUAGAGGUUUCACAAGUUGCUGAGGUAAAUAGAUCAGUUGUUGUGGGUCCGUGAGGGGCCUAUGCACAAUGAAAUCACAACAACGUGUUGACCAAACCACACAUUAGAAAGUGAAGGGACGACGACGACGUUUCAUCACAAUCGACUUGAGAAUGGUCCAGGACGGACCGAAACGUCGUCGCCCCUUCACUUUCUAGUGUGUGGUUUGAUCAACAUAUUUAAGCCACGUUAUUGUGACUCCUCGUAUGCACAACAACGUGGUGUAUCUAUAAGAAAAUAGUGGUCAUGAGAGUCCAAAGACGCGUGUUGGAAUCCAUUGCAUGACUCCACAAAUUUUAUCUUAGAGUUUAUGUCUCAUUUACUGGGAUAUGUAAAUAAUUUACUAGAUUGAUGAGAUGUAAAUGAGUGUGUGUAUGUGCUCCUGGGGCUCUUGUGGCUGUGUUGGCUGCCUUAGGCUCAGGAAUGAUGGUUGUUUCAUUGUCGACAACAAUGUUGUGUUUUAAUUUGUAUAGAUAUACAUUAUCUGCCUUUUGUUUUGUGUGUAUGCACCUAACUAUUCUUGUAGGGUCGAACUCUAGCUCCUGAGCCUUGCCUUAUUAGCUGCUUCGGGUUUCCAGUCAUAUCUUCUAUUGAAAAAUAUGUACUGCAUCAUAUGCUAUUUCUCUUAUUAUUCAUUAGAAUUUGCUCCCUACCCUUAUGGUAAAUAUGUUUUCCUAAUAUUCCUUAACCAUCCAUCGUCGUGAAAUGUUAGUACUUCUUUAACUAUGUGGUAGUAAGUACCAAUAUGUAAUAAUUAAGCCCUAUUAAGCCUCUUUUUUUGUACUAUAGCUAAAAAGCAGACUUAAAUAUUCCUAGGCCUAGUAUAGCACAUAUAUGUACUAUGCUAGACCUCAGCGUGUAUUAGACCUAGAAGGGUUAGGUUAGGUCUUAUUACUAACAUAAAUAAAAACUUUUCCGGUUUGUCCAAUUUCAAUAAUACAAAAGUUUACUUUCUAGUGGUUCGUCACGACAUAUUUGUACUCUUGACCACAUUGUUACUAUAAGUACUUUAAUUUUCGAAGGAUGGGCUGCCUUAACUGAUUCAUGUUCCCUUGUUCUACCUAGUAUUAGAUUGUACAUGUCCUCUUUAUCUAUUUCCCUGAGAAUCUUUUAUGUCGUGAUCAUACCUCUUCGAUUCUUUUCUUUUCUGAAGUGAGGUGAGAUUUAUCUUCCAAAACCUCUUCUCAUCUCUGGUCUUGACCUUACAUAUUCCGAAGGGCUCCAUUCUUAGCUUCCUAAAUACUUCCACAAUGAAAUCAUUUUCAUUGUGGAAAAUGCAUAUGAUGCAGCAAAUGAAGGAAGCAUUUAAGAACGUAUUCUUAAAUGCUUCCUUCCACAAGUUCCCAAAUGCUUCCUUCCAUAGGUUCUUAAAUGUUUCCUAUGGCAACUCUAUUUGGAUGUCGUUCUUCUGUUGGCUAAAUUAUAUUUGCUUUGUUUUUAAGAGAUUAAUGUGCAAGUGUCACUGUUGAAGACUCCUCGUCUUGAUUUUAUCUUCAAUGAAGAUAAGGGGAGGGGAGAGCGGAGGUGGAUACACACACGUGUGAGUGGGAAAGGGUUAGUGCAUUCCUUCGCCCUUUAAUUUCAUUGUCAUUCUGUCUCUCCCUCUCCACUAUGUCAACAUACCAUACUUUACUUAGUCACAUAUCAUGACCAAUGUAACAAGUGUAAAAUACACAGCAACUGUAUAUACACAAAAUGUGUUUAAUUAUGUAUAUACGUAUAUCAUGAAUUCAACCAGGUAUUUAUGUAAUCAACGAGUAUUUGUACUAGAUGUGUAAAUCAUUAUUAAAUACAUUCACACAACAUUUUAUACCUCUUGAAUGUGUAAAUCGUAACAACGAAUUGUGCUGUGCAAUUAAACUGUGCUUAGGGAACCGAAAAAAGAAUCACCAGGCUUAUGUGCCAAGCUUAAGCCCAGUGAGCCAACCAUCCUUGAAACCUAUCCUCAGGCUAGGCUCGUCUAAGCUUUUGCCUGCCUCAAAGAAUAAAUUUGAACGUACUGUUUAAUCAAAAUCUUUAUUUCUCAAAUAUAAAUUAUUAUACAGUAUUAUCAUUUUGUUUAUAGUUAGGGGGGUAGGUUAGGUUAUGCCAAGUGUUUUAAUUCUGUUGGUAAUUAUUUAUUUUAACUACAUUGGAGUACUGUUGAAACUAAAUAGAGAUGUGAUUCAAAAGACUGUUUAUGAAAAGUUUUAACGUAAUCAAUUGCGAGGUGCAUCUAAAAUAUAUUUUAUUCAUAAACAGGGAGGCAGGUGGCUAGAUGGCUUUUAACCAUUUUUUAAGAGGAAGGGUUGUUCUUGGUUGAUUAAGGUGGACUAAUGGCUAUAGGUCUUGGAUUCUGUUCUUGUGACCAAGGUUCGAAUCUCACGUAAAUGACCCAGUUUCAUUAUAUUGUUGAUAUGAUAUUUGAUGAAUAUCAUCAACACCAUCAUUAUUAUUAUCGUUAUUUGUUAAAUAGUUUGACAAUGUACGUUUACAAAUAUAAAAUUGAGAUUUAAUAAAUCGUGUGAAAUGUUUGUACUGUGCUUACAUGAGAUGUCAUAAGAAGAUGUCAGUGUAGUGAGGCUCAGUAGACUUCUUGGAAAGUUGAAACUGUCUGUAUUUGGGGGCUGGUACCUCCUAACAGCUGAAGCUGCUAUGAAAUAAGUCUGUGAUGGUCGAAAUAGGUGGGAAUUGAGAAUGUUUGAGAUUGAAAAAUUUAAAGCCUAAAACUCUAAGAGAUUGAAUUUGUUGGGAUAUUGGUGUUGAGGAGUGUAUGAACUUUUGAUGCUGAAGCGUUUGGGUAAAUGGCACUGUUGAUGAAGAAUGUAACUGCUGGGGACUGCAACUGUUAGGAACAGUGAUAAGGAAUGAAACACAUGGGGCUCUAGCUAUUGGACCCCGAACUAUUGAAUACUGGAGUUACUGAACGUUGGAGCUAUCGAUCGAUUGAAUUAUUGGAUGUUGGAACUAUUGAAUACUGAAAUUGUUGAAUAUUGAAACUAUUGUACGCUGGAACUAUUCAACUCUGGAUAAUUGAUUAAUCAUACCAGUUAUUUCCAUCAAUGAAAAUAUUUCUUAAUUUUAUUUGCUACAAUUACAAUGUGUUCGCAUACAUAUAUUUUCCCGCUAUAUCAAUAUUAAUUUUUUAUUAGGAUUACAUAAAUUUGUUUAUUAUAUUUGUUGAAGUGACAUCAUAAAGACAUCAUGAUUCAGUUUGUAGUGCGUGUAUCUGAGGGGCUCAGGACGCGGGUUCGAUCCCAUUUUAGUGCCUCUGUAUUUAUUAAUUAAGACUUUGGAUUAUAUUCAGUGGGUUGCCUAACAUUUUGGGGAUUUAUUUACUCAUAAUUUUUUUAUUAAAAUGUUACAAUUAAAAAAAGGUAUUAUAUUCAUCACGAUUUUAUCCCAAUUUUGAAUUAUAUAAGUUACAGCUGUAUAAAGAUUUGGGAUUGUAUUAAUUGAAUUAAGAUUUAGCAUUUGUAUAGGGUUCCAGGCUUGGAGUUUGUGUUGAUGUGUAAAGAGGAAGUGUUACGUGUAUAUAAGAGAUUUAUUUUAUAUCAUCAAGAAGGUUCAGUAUACAGGCACAUACCUACACAGCUACUGUAUAUACUUGUAUUUACUUACAUGUCUGUAUGUGUGUGUAUACAUAUAUAUGUAAUUUAUUAAAUUAAGUGGAAGAGUAGGAUUACAUUUUACAUAUAAACAUGAUCCAGAUUACAAAUCGAAAAUCUUCCAGAGCUCCUCAAAGUGGGAGAGACGUGUAUCUAGAACACAAAAGUAUUUCCCCACUGAAAAGAAAACUGGUUACUAUUGGGUCCUUGGUUUCCGUAAUGAGUUUGUCACCCGACUCAUUCCAUUCAGCUGGGCUCUAGGAGAUUCGAACCGUGGACCCCACGCGUGUGAGGCCGAAGCUCUAUCGACCGAGGUAUUGAGUGGUCUUAAUAGAGAAAGUUUCCAGAAGCAUCAUCGUGCAGCCACACUGGAAUUGUCGACUUUCCCUGACUACUACUGAAGCUCAGAGGACUUAGUGAUCCACACCAACGUCAUAUAAAUAUAACGUGGAAGUAUGGAUGACAAUUCAGCCAACUCAUUCACUCCUGAGUGCACUUUUACCCCCAUGGGUCUAAUGUAUGUGAGUACAUAAACACGAGUGCAGAUGCUAACAAGCAGGUUUUGUUAGAACACUCGGCAAACAACCUCACUGUAAUUCUCUCUCUCUCUCCUCAAAAUUGUAAACAGUUUUCCUCGUGGUUUAGUUUACGUGAUGUUGACGUUCAUUACUCACUGAACGUUACACAUGAAAUUACAUGAAACUUUACUGUAA